UUACAAACCAACCUCACUGGCGUGUUAUCGUGUUAAAAAUUAAUACACCCUAAAUCUAAUCUAUAGUAGCUUAUAGAUUUUAGAGAUAUAAGUGUGUCGUGUUGUAUACACGAACCAAAAAUACAACUAGGCCCAUAAGUUAUUGAACAAAGAUCAAGAUGGGCCGUCGCAAAGGUCAAAUAUCUAAAAUGGGCCAGAGCUUACUGGUUAAGGAUAAAAAUAAAAAGCUAGGUCGUAGGCCAACAGGAAAUGACUCAUUUCUUCACACAACAGAACUGGACGAUGGCGCAGGCUACAACAGAAUUAACUUUCAGUCUGUAACAGAACAAAACAACUUAGAGGACUUUCUUACUACAGCUGAAAUGGCAGGAAAAGAUUUCACAGCAGAAAGACAGAAUAUCCAGAUAAUCUCCAACCCUGGUCAAGGUAUAAAGCUAACUGAAUCUGAUUUACAGUUGAUAUCCCAGGCACAGGACACUCAUAGAGCAAUGCUGCAAAUUCCCAGAAGGCCCAAGUGGGAUGAAACAACAACUAAAGAACAGUUAGCUCUUCUGGAGAGAGAGUCUUUCACAGAUUGGAGGAGACAACUCAAGUUGCUGGAAGAAAAAGAGCACAUUCAGCUUACACCGUAUGAGAAGAACCUUGACUUUUGGAGACAGCUGUGGAGAGUUAUUGAAAGAAGUGAUGUCAUAGUUCAGAUAGUUGAUGCCAGAAACCCUUUGCUUUUUCGCUGUGAAGAUCUUGAUGUUUAUGUUCAAGAAGUCGACCCAACCAAAAAAGUUUUGCUUUUAGUCAACAAAGCAGAUUUCCUUACUGAAGUUCAAAGACAGUCUUGGGUAAAUUAUUUCAAUAAAGCAGGAAUCAAUGCUGUUUUCUUCUCUGCCAAAGUAGAGAAAGCUAUGAAAGAGGGAACAUCAAGUCAGGAACUGCAGUCAGAUGAUGAGAUGGAUGAUGAUGAGGAAAGUGACAGUGAUGAUGAUUGUGAUGAUGACAGUGAAGAAACUAGUCUAACAGAAAGCCACCAGUCAUCACAAGUAGAGGAGGGCACUGAUGGUGAACAGUCACCCUGUGAGAAAGUGGCAGAACAGUCACACUGUGAGAAAGUGGCAGGACAGUCACCCUGUGAGAAAGUGGCAGGCGCUGUGAAAGACUUGACUCUCUCCCCUGAGCCUCCACUUCCUGCCUGCCAGAUAACACAUCAAGAAACAAGUGAAGAAUCUUCAGGUGAUGCCAGGUUGCACAUUGUCAACAAACCUGAUAUUAUGUCAGCUCAAGAAUUGCUGGAGAUCUUCCGUAGACUUGCCCAGUCUUCGUCUGAAGCCAGAUCCAGCAGUGUAAAAACUAUAGGCAUGGUGGGCUACCCCAACGUUGGCAAGAGCUCAACCAUUAAUGUGAUUCUUGAGGAGAAGAGGCUGGGUGUAUCAGCUACACCUGGAAAAACUAAACAUCUACAGACAUUGUAUGUAGAUGAACAUCUGAUACUGUGUGACUGCCCAGGGCUUGUGUUUCCUUCCUUUGUAGCAACUAAAGCUCACCUGGUCAUCAAUGGCAUCCUGCCUAUUGAUGAGUUGAGAGAUCAUGUCUCUCCAGUGGCCCUGCUCUGUGAUCGUAUACCUCGGAAUGUUCUAGAAGCCACAUACAGCAUCAUGAUCCCUAGACCUUCAUUAGACGACAUCAGCCCCAAUAGAAACCCUACAGCUGAAGAGCUGCUUAAUUCUUAUGGAGCAAUGCGAGGUUUUAUGACAGCCAGAGGUACACCAGAUGGUCCCAGAGCUUCCAGAUAUAUUCUAAAAGAUUAUGUUAAGGGUAAACUCUUGUACUGUGAACCCCCACCUGGUAUAGCAGGGGCUGAGUUUCAAGACCAGGAGAGAAUAACAAAACUGGAAGAGCUCCAGUCCCAUAAAUUGCCAGUGAAACACAUUCAAAGUGAUGUAGACAAGGAGUUUUUUGAAAAGAAAAAAAGUCGAAUCCAUUCAAAAGGUGUCGGUGGUGUGAAGGACUUUGUGCGUUCUGACACGUUGAAACAGACGUCUGAGGUGAGCACUGAGAGCUUGGAGUCACCCAUGGGAAGUCAGACGUCCAUCUCUACGGCCAGCAGCAAGCCAUGGAAGAAACACAACAACAGAAACAAGAAGGAGAAGCUCAGGAGGCUACACAGAGACCUGGAUGUAUACACCUAACUGCUCUGUCUAGUCAAGGACUGAAUGAGAGAAGGCUACACAGAGACCUGGAUGUAUACACCUAACUGCUCUGUCUAGUCAAGGACUGAAUGAGAGAAGGCUACACAGAGACCUGGAUGUAUACACCUAACAGCUCUGUCUAGUCAAGGACUGAAUGAGAGAAGGCUACACAGAGACCUGGAUGUAUACACCUAGACAUGUGUUUCAGUUUGUAGUCAGCUAUGAUGCUGACUUGUGUUUGUGAUGAGCUUUUUAGACUGGUGAUGAGGCUAGAAAAAAAUCACAACGCUGUCUGUAAAUAGUAAGGUUAAUCUAAUAAUAAAUUAACUGUAAACC